CCUCUUCUUGUAAAUAAAUAAAACCCAAUCUCACUCUCUCAAACCCAGAUAUUUCCACCAGAAUUAAGAAAAUAUAAAAAGAUUUCUCAAUCGACGAUGAGCCUUCAUAUAAAGGAAUUGCAGGUGCUCUCGCCGCCUCCACCUUCUUCUUCUUCUUCUUCUCGGCCUCCUUCGUUUCUGUCCCUCUCCCUUUGCCUCCAAGAAGCCAUGCGCCCUACACUCCCCGCUUUACUCUUCUUCGCCUUCGCCUCCCUCUUCCUCUUCGCCUUCUUCUCUCUCCACCUCUCCCGCACCACUCAAUUAAUCCAACACUUCCCAAUCGCCAUCGACAACAUCAACUACGCAAUCUUCCACGACCCUCAGCUUCCCGUCACUCAUCGCGCUCUCCACGUCUCCUCCAUCAUCAUCAACCACUCCGCCAUCUCCACCGUCUCCAUUCUCUUUCCCGCCUGGGAGCUCCUCCUCGUCGUCUCGCCGCACACUCCGAUCUCACCCGCCGACGACACCUACGUCUGCCUCUUCCAGAACAACGACACUUCGCCUGUCAGAUUCUCCAAAACGCUGCCGUUUUCCAACCUGACGACCCUCACAUGUCCGAUGCCCGAGAGAGUGAAGCAUCUCCGGCCGUUUUAUCAGCCGGUGCUGGCAAGGAGCGAGGAGAAGGACGCGCGGGCUCCGGGUCUAGGUUCCCCUGAGCUGAUCAGGUGGAACUUCCUCGUCUACGAGUCAUUUUCCACCGAAAACGACGUCGUCGUGUUCGUCAAGGGGCUGAACCACCGUCAGGGCGUCAACCGACCUCCGAGCGAGUUCAGGUGCGUGUUUGGCGACGGCGACAAGAACUCCGUGAAAACCGCUGUUACGAGCUCGACACAAGAGGUGUUCAGGUGCCAGCACCCGAACUUAACGGAGUUAGAAGACACCUUCCACUAUAACGAGCAGCAGCAGCAGGAACGACGUCGUCAAGAUGUGACCAAAUUCAAAAUCUCACUGGAGAUCGUUGACGGACUUGUGGUGGUCCCAUCCGUUGCCUAUUACACUCGUCCUAGGCCUAAGACUAGACUGACGACCACACAAACGACGUCGUCGAAGCCUGAUCCGGAUCACGAUGUGUGUGUGUGUACAAUGGUUUACAACGUGGCAAAGUUCCUGAGGGAGUGGGUGAUUUACCAUUCCAAAAUCGGAGUCGACCACUUCAUCCUGUACGACAACGACAGCGACGACAACCUGGAGAGUGUCGUUUUGGGGCUGCAGCAGGAGGGCUACAACAUAACGACGCUGUUUUGGGUUUGGCCGAAGACCCAAGAAGCCGGCUUCUCACACAGCGCCAUAUACGCCAAGCAUUUGUGCAAGUGGGUGUUGUACGUUGACGUCGACGAGUUUGUGUUCGCGCCAUAUUCAUGGGCUCACUCGCCCCAACCCUCCAAGCACAUGAUCAAAUCUUUGUUACCCAAACACAAUAACCGGAAAAAUAAUAAUAAUAAUGUUGCCGUUGGUCAGGUUUCCAUCAAGUGCAACGAUUUUGGACCGUCGAAUCGGACAACGCACCCGGCUGAAGGCGUGACGCAGGGGUACACUUGCCGGAGGCGGUUCGAGCAGAGGCACAAGUCUAUGGUGCUACUGGACGCAGUGGAUUAUUCGCUGCUGAACAUUAUACAUCAUUUUGAGAUGAAGAAAGGGUACAGGUCAAGGAAGUUGAGCAUGGAGGAGGGGGUGGUGAACCACUACAAGUACCAGGCGUGGCCGGAGUUUCGGACAAAGUUUCGAAGACGGGUGUCUGCGUAUGUUGUGGAUUGGACGCAGGAGCUGAACCCCAAGUCCAAGGACAGGACACCAGGAUUAGGGUUUGAGCCGGUGGAGCCCAAAGGGUGGGCUGACAUGUUCUGUGAGGUUAGAGAUGAGCGGUUGAAGAUGUUGACGCAGAGAUGGUUUGGGUCUCCCACGUCCAACAAUGGCGGCUACAGAAUGUUGUGGCAAACUUGAACUAUUGAUUUUGGAAUUAAUGUUAGUUUUUUUCUUUUCUUUGUGUGAAACAAAGUGCACAGAGCAAUAGCUAGAGCUGGAGGUCUCGAUCAUGUUGGUGUGUGGAGCAAAUUGUAAGAGCAAGAGCUAGAGCUGGAGGUCUCGAUCAUGUUGGUGUGUGGAGCA